GGGGCGGUGAGCAAGCUGCUCCGGUCUCAAGGCGAGGCUUGGCCUCCAGAGCAGAGACGGGGGAACGCGGCGGCGGCGGCAGCGGCCUUCGGGCCGGCUGGUGAGGCGAUGGCGGCGCCGACCCCGGGAGCUGGAGGAGCCUCGGGCGGCGCUGGCUGUAGCGGCGCGGGCGCCGGCGCGGGCUCGGGAUCCGGGUCUGCGGGGGCCGGGGGCCGGCUGCCCAGCCGGGUGUUGGAGUUGGUGUUUUCCUACCUGGAGCUGUCCGAACUGCGGAGCUGCGCUCUGGUGUGCAAGCACUGGUACCGCUGCCUGCACGGCGAUGAAAACAGCGAGGUGUGGCGGAGCCUGUGCGCCCGCAGCCUGGCCGAAGAGGCUCUGCGCACGGACAUCCUCUGCAACCUGCCCAGCUACAAGGCCAAGGUACGUGCUUUCCAACAUGCCUUCAGCACUAACGACUGCUCCAGGAACGUCUACAUUAAGAAGAAUGGCUUUACUUUACAUCGAAACCCCAUCGCGCAGAGCACUGAUGGUGCAAGGACCAAGAUUGGUUUCAGUGAGGGCCGCCAUGCAUGGGAAGUAUGGUGGGAAGGCCCUCUGGGCACGGUGGCAGUGAUUGGAAUCGCCACAAAACGGGCCCCCAUGCAGUGCCAGGGUUAUGUGGCAUUGUUGGGCAGUGAUGACCAAAGCUGGGGCUGGAAUCUGGUGGACAAUAAUCUGCUACAUAACGGGGAAGUCAAUGGCAGUUUUCCACAGUGCAACAAUGCCCCAAAGUAUCAGAUAGGAGAAAGAAUUCGCGUCAUCUUGGACAUGGAAGAUAAGACUUUAGCUUUUGAACGUGGAUAUGAGUUCCUGGGGGUUGCCUUUAGAGGACUUCCAAAGGCCUGCUUGUAUCCAGCAGUGUCUGCUGUGUACGGCAACACAGAAGUGACUUUGGUUUACCUUGGAAAACCUUUGGAUGGAUGACAGUGGCUUUGUUGGGAUGAAAGACUGCGCGAAGGAGAGAUCUCCUUGUGGAAAGUAGAAUCACGAAGUGACAGUGUCAUACAUGCAUGUCCAAGAAACAUCCUGAAAAACACACGAAAUUGUAAACUGGAGAAGCAACUCUACGGCAGUGAUGAUCUUAGUGUUUCCUCUUUCCACCGGGCCAGAAAAAUCCUCAGGGUUGCAGUUGGUUGAGUGGGCAAGUUGACAUGUGCAUGUUGCAACAGAUUUGGUCUCUAAGCUAGCAGCGUGUUAUUUCCAGCUUUUAAGGUGAGAUUUAGAGAUGCUGUAAAAGGGAGAAGAUAAGGAAAUAGCAAGAUUUUUAAGUAGUGUGUUUGUGAAGAAAGACGGAUUCCAUUUUACAACUGCCUGUUCUUUCUCCAAUCCCUCUUUUCCAGCCAGCUUGAUUAUUAGAAGAGUAUGAAGCUGGUUAGGUUUUAUUUAAUAUUUUUAAUAUAUUGAGAAGCAUGGUCUGCCUGGACUGCACUUCUCUAACAGUGAGACAUAAAGUCGUGCAGCUAUUUUAAGAAGUUGUAUAUACAAUAUCUGUGUAAAAAAAAAAAAAACUAUAUAAAAAAAAGGACAAAGGAGUUGCUUUGUUCUAAUUCAUUUUCUUAAAAACCACUACAUGGUACCAAUUUAGAAUAACAUUUGGAGACAGAGACAAAGGAGCAGAUUUUAAAAAGAGAUGUGUUGUAUUAGCUCAUUUCGUAUUAUAUUUGGCUUACAGUUUCCAUAGCAAUUAUAGCCUGGGCUUCUUUUUUUUUUUUUUUAUUUAAACAAUCAAAAUUAUAAUAAA